GGACUACUGUCUGAGAUUUAAGGAAAAUGUACGGUAAAAAAGCAAGUGAGUUAGUGAAAGAAUUUGUGAGCUGUGAACCUGGGCAGCUUACCACUUUCAACUGUAGAUGAUAUGACCUACAAAAAUCUUCAAGAUACAUUCAAAUGUGGCCCAAGAAAAGAAAAGAAAUAGUCAAAUAUUUCGGGGUACAGAAAUAAUGUGAUAUACAUGGAAGAAAUGACCUAUUUGGCCAAGUGAUUGAAGAGUGUAAUGGUCAUCUCCUUCACCUUCAGCCCUUGAUGAGCCAUGACAGGGCCUACUGCUGUCAUUUCAUUCCUAUUAUCCCUCCAGUGUCUCAAUGUUAUGGACAGCCAAAGAGUAUUGCAUAGCUCCAUUUGUACUUUAAUUUUUGUUUGUCAUACCAUCGACCCUUGUAUUGGUUAUUUGACGGAAUUUUUCUGCUGCGGAAAGCCUUUCUGUUGGUUGUCACACUCUAUAUUGAUUGUGGUGAGCAGGAAAAUACAAGAGCAUGAAAAUAAAUUGAAAGAUAAUAGGAGAUCGGAAGAUGAAAUGGAGUUAUCAGAAGACGAGAGGAGGAAAUCAGAAGCCGAAAAGAUAGUCAUCCAGACAGCUAUGAAAUCAGAUCAGUUUGGUGCCCUGAUCCAUCACCUCUCAUUGGUCCGCAAUAAGCGCUGUCUCAUGGCUUAUGUAUAUAAUCGAGCAGAAGUUAUCAGAAGUUUGGGGUGGGUGGUUGACUGUGUUCUUCCUGAAGAAAUUGAAGAGAAACUCAGUAGCUCAGAGAAAGAAUAUUUCAAGAAUCAUGCUGCAACCCUACAAUCAUAUAUGUCAGAACUUGAUCUUGAUUUGAGUGUGGAUAUGAUUCCUCCGAAAGAUCCAUACAUCAAGGUGAGGGUUCUCGAAGAUAUUGGUGAGGUUGUGCUUAGUGAUCAGGUAGCGAACCUAGCUCGCCAUGCAAUGUUAUUCCUGCGGAGAACUGAUGCCGAGCAGUACAUCUCUCAGGGCUUAAUGGAAGAACUCACUGGUUGAUAGAAAGGUUGGAGGAUCCAUCAACAGUCGAAAAGGUUCAAUAGCUAUACAAUGAUUACAUAUGAAUAAACUAGUUAUGUAAAGCAAGAGGAUAAUGGCCAUGAUAAUACAGUUAGUUGAGUGGAAUUAAUGUCUUCCAAUGAUGUUCUUGUUUGAAAGCAUUGUAGAGAAAUUACUGUUGUAGAAUCAAAUUUGGUUGCCAAGUAAUUGUAUUUUUUAUUUUA